CCUUUUUUAUUUUUUUUAAUAAAACAGAGAGUCCUUUUUUUGACAUUUUGAAAAUGGACGCACCAUGGAGUAGUAAAGAGACCUUGGAGACAAAAGAUAGACUGGAAAGACUGUCGAAAGAAAUCGUUGAUUUUGUACACUAUAUUGAACCCACCAAGGAAGAGCAACUAAACAGAGACACCUUAAUGUAUCAAGUCUCCACAUUGAUAGAAACCUUGUGGCCAAACAAUACAGUCAUUACCGCUUUUGGCUCCAGUGUCACCGGUUUAGCUUUUCCUGCAAGUGACAUUGAUAUCAAUAUCGAUUUCGAGGAAAUGCCUAAAAAGAACCGUAUUGAUGUCCUAAAGAUCAUUCGUAAACAAACCAUCAAUCAACACAUCUUUGAAUAUCCCACCACCUGUCUCGCCGCCAAUGCGAAAGUACCCGUUCUCAUGGCUGUCGAUGGCAACGACGUUUCCAUGGAUAUCACCAUCCAAAACGUCUGCUUCAGUUCGGAUCGUACAGCCGCAUGGAUCAAGGAAUAUCCUCCCCUCAAACCUUUAUUCAUGGUUCUCAAACAAUCGAUUGGCAACUUUCGAUUAUCCCAUAUGCCCACCUUUGAACCUCUCUCCGCUAAAUAUGCUGGUCUAGCAAGUUAUUCUCUCAUUUGCUUGAUCGUCAGCUAUCUUCAACAAAGUGUGCCGAAAGAUGUCAACCCCACACGUCCAAACUAUUUAGCCUCGCUCUUGUUAGGCUUUCUCUCCUUUUAUUCAACUUUCGAAUCCGACAAAAAAGCCAUUGGAUUAACAAACGGCGGCUGUUUCUACGACAAGAAAGACUGUCCCAUCCCACUCGAAACCAAGAAAGGAAAGCUCACCAUUAUCGAUCCCGAUGUACCAGGCGUCAAUGUGGCUCGUAGUACUUUAAAAUUCGACCGAAUUCAAUACAUCUUUAAACAAGCCUAUGACAUGUUACUAAAGCAAAUUAACACCAGCGGUAAAUCAGAAUCGAUCCUUUCCUCCUUGAUCAAAGUGGAACAUCACGCACAUACCCAACCUCGUAAACAAGGCAUACGAUUUAAAGCAGGAUACACAUGGAUUGAGACGGGUGAGGCUCAAGUUAAAUCCGGUGGUGGUAAACGCUUCGGAUAUGCUAAACGCUUUGGUGGCGGUAAACCUUAUGUUAAACAGGAGGACAGGCAACGAAGAGGAGACGAACGAUACGAAGAAGGAAAUCGGUAUCGAGACGAACCUAAAUCACGAUAUCAGCGUACCUAUAAAGCAGAACCUUAUUCAAAACGGUUCGAAGAUUAUAAUGAUCGAGAGUAUCAACGUCACAAGAGAAAUAACAAUUCACAUUUAGCAGAGCAUUAUAAAUACAAGUCAAGAAGAUAAUAAAACAAGAGAGACCUUAUAUUUAUUUA